CAGACCAAACAGUUUCGUUGGCUGUACAGAUCAUUCCACUACCCAGACACCACAUCCAUCAUUUUGAACCAUCAGGCGGCUAAAUGACACAGUCAGCUGAGCAACACCAGCCUCGAGAUGACUCCUCUGGCACCUCUAUGGGCACUCCAUCCCCCGACAUUGUCCUAUCCCCUGAUGGGCCUGGCGCUGUCCGCGAGGCUGCCAACCCUGAUCCGCAGAUAGCCGCCAUCCGCGGUGAGGGCAUCCCCUUCAUCCUCUACGACGGCUUGGAAGCACCGCAGCAUGCUGGCAGUCGUCGGCGGGGAAGCGAGGCCAGCGAGACAUCUCAUAUUAGUAAUAUGACCAUCUGGGACAGGGGCGAAGCGCAAUACCGUGCUGAACACCCGCUCGAGUCUCCCCGGCCAGCCAACGGAGUGUUAGCCACCCCGACCAACGAGUCUCCGGAGCCUCUCGUCGACCGUCUGUUGGGACUCCGAACCGAGUCAGGCCAAUCCAACGGCGCCUUCUUUUACCCCCGCGGUGAGGUGGAGGCCCUGAUUACUGCGGAUGAAGUAGCCCGAGUCAUCAAGCAAGGAAGAUUCUUUCUCGGGGACAAGGUUCUGACGGACGACGAGAUCCGUGAAUAUGCCUCCCGCGUCUGCUUAGAUACACUACCCGACGGGACCAGAGUGAGCUACAAGAGAGUCUUUGCCAUCUUGUUGCUUCUCCGCCGGGGCUGGAAUGUUGUUCUGUUCGUCGACGAGCACAUCUGCGAUGCACAGCUCCCUCUCAAAGCCGUCCUAGUCAGCGGCAAGGUGAGGAUGCGUCACAGACGCGCCGAUGCUGACCUUCCUUGUCUACGUAAUUGGGACAACCUUGCACACUCGGACUUCGAGCAAAAGCAGUGGAGCAUGCUGGCUCCCUUUUUGGCCAAGCCUGAGUGCAAGAGGGCUUGGUUCUACCAGCUCUCCGACAAGGUCGUCCUUCCGUGGACAAGCAAGAAAGCCUGUGUACGUGAGGGAGGUUAUGGCUCGAUAUCCAAGGUCAAGAUUCACGCUAGCCAUCACAACUUCGACGGAGGCAAUGGUUUCUUCGCUGUCAAGGAGUUCAAGCCGAUCAAAAGCCCCCCAACCUCUGGAGCGGACCUCUCCAAAGACUUUGAGCGCGAGAUUGAGAUAUUAAUGCGCUUCAGCGGCGACGUCCACAACCACCUGAUCUCACUUCAGGCGGCUUACCGCCAUGGUGAUACAUACUGUGUCAUCCUUCCCUGGGCCGAUUGCGACCUCAAGGCUUUCUGGAAGCAGGAUACCAUCCAGGAACCUCUAGCGAAACGCAACCUCGCAUGGUUGCUCAGUCAAUGUGUCGGCAUAGCCAGCGGUCUUCAGAAGAUUCAUCGUUAUGUCACGACCGAAAGCACGACAGACGAAAGGGCCGAUGUUUCGCCACACAAAAAGAUCUACGGCCGGCAUGGAGAUAUCAAGCCCGAGAACAUCCUGCUUUUCCGCGACCAUGAGAACUCCAAAGAUCUGGGAAGGUUGGUCCUCGCUGACUUUGGCCUCUCUCGCUUCCACAGCGAGAUCACGAAGACGUAUUUUACCUACAAGGAUAUUGUCAGUACUGUCACGUACCGGCCGCCCGAGUGUGACAUGGAGGAACGCCACGUAUCCAGGUCCUUCGACAUUUGGUCGCUCGGGUGCGUCCUACUAGAAUUCGUCGCCUGGUACCUUGGCGGCUGGAACCUGGUCACCGAAUUUGUUACCUGCCGCCAGACGUUUAACCCCCUAUACCCUAACUGGCUGGUCGAUGACUUCUUUGAGAUCGUGAGACAGGAGAGAAGUUCACCGGGAACCGUUUUUGUCCGGGUCAAAUGCGAAGUUCAGAAUUUCGUCGAUAACACACUCCACGCUCAUCCGAAAUGCUCGAAGCCAAUCCACGAUCUCUUGGAUCUAGUUAUGGAGAAAAUGUUAGUUGUUGAAUCGAAGGACAUCGGCAAGCGAGCGGACUGCACAGAGGUGCACACGAAGCUCCAGAACAUCUACCAGAAGGUCCAAACCAUGGCCAAGUACACCGAGUUUCGCACGCAUAGCGGCAUGACCAAGACCCUGAAUGCAAAUGGCCGUCGUUCCUAAUGGUCAGCCUCGACGCACAGCCACAUCCAAAGUCCUGCCGACACACAACCACACAACCACACAACCACACACCACACAAUACACAAGAAACAUGCAUUACCUUUAUCCUCAAGCCAAGAUGAUCACAAGUGCGAUCAUGGCCCAGUGAUCGCGUUGGAGCCUUUUGCUGGAUGUUUUUCUAACGUUUCUUUGCUCCUGGUAU